CCAUCUUGGCGUGUGCGUGCGCGCAUGUGGGCGCCGACACCCCGCGGCCGCUGCACGGCGCGCGCCCCGCCUCCCCGCUCGGUCUGCGGGCGGUGAGUGAGUCGUUUCUAGCCGGGUCGGCGCGGAGCGGACUCGCCGAUGCCCGCGGAGGUAGCCGGACGCCGCCGCCCGGGCCUGGAGCUGGGCCGAGCUCAAAAAUGACCUGCCGCUCCUGAGGAGCAGGCGCAGGAUGCUUGGACCGGACGCGCCCUGCUGAAGACCCUCUGCGGGCCCAGUCAGGAGCCUGGCAGCAGGGCUUGGCUACCAGCUGUCUUCUGCGCUUCUGAGGCCCAGUGCCUGGGCCGUCGAGCUGUGUCUGCUCUUCCAGUGUUCCAACUAAUCCGGACAAGUUUAUCAGGAAGGUGAACUGAAGAUGCCACUGCCCGAGGAGAGCGUGGCCUGAGGCCCUGAGACGCAGGCCUCCCACGAGGGCCCCGCAGCAUGACCAGGUGAAGGCGGAGAAUGCCCAGCCCAGCCGCAGGCUCAUCGCGGUGACCCAGCAGCGCGAUUUGGCGUGAAGGAGAAACACCAGCCCCACGCCAAGCUGGAGAACCUAGAACAGGUCCUGAAGCAUAUGCGUGAGGCUGCGGAGCGGAGGCAGCAGCUGGAGUUGGAGCAUGAGCAGGCCCUGGCCGUCCUCAACGCCAAGCAGCAGGAGAUCGAGCUUCUGCAGAAGGCUCAGGUUGAAGCCAAGAAGGAGCAUGAGGGGGCAGUGCAGCUGCUAGAGAGCACCCUGGACAGCAUGCAGUGCAGGGUCCGGGAGCUGGAGGAGAAAUGCCGGACACAGAGUGAGCAGUUCCAUCUGCUGUCUCGGGACCUGGAGAAGUUCCGGCAGCACGCAGGGAAGAUCGACCUGCUGGGUGGCAGCGUGGUGGCCUCGCUGGACGUCCCCGGGGUCCCUGGCAAGGCCUUCCCGCAGUUCGUGAACGGACUGGCCACCUCCAUCGGCAAGGGUCACGAGGGAUCCGCUGGGAAUUACUCUGUGACCAGGGACCACACUCUGAUCCCCGGGGAAAAGCCAGAGCCUCCAGGCUCCGCCAAGCCCAGCUUCCUUUCGAGGUCCAGCAGCCCAAGAUGCAGAUUUGAGUCCGACGUGAAGGAGGUGAAGAAGCUGGAUCUCCCCGAAGCAAACCCGAGACAGCAGGCAGAGAUGGACAAUGAACGGAACCCCAAUACCUCAAAGCAGAGAUACUCGGGGAAGGUCCACUUGUGUGUCGCCCGCUACAGUUACAACCCCUUCGACGGGCCCAAUGAGAACCCGGAAGCCGAGCUGCCCCUCACGGCGGGCAAAUACCUCUACAUCUAUGGGGACAUGGACGAGGACGGCUUCUACGAAGGAGAACUCCUGGACGGUCAGAGGGGCUUGGUGCCCUCCAACUUCGUGGACUUUGUCCAGGACAGCGAGUCUCGGCUGGCCAGCACCCUGGCCAGCGAGCAGGACCAGAAUCUCAUCAACCACUCAGGCAUCGGGGUGGGCGUGGAGGGCGAACGCAUCCUGGACCUGCACUCCCCGACCCUCACGGACCUGGGCACCGCUGACCUCGGCGGGGACUCGCUGGACGUGAACAUCGAUGACAUUGGAGAAGACAUUGUGCCUUACCCUAGAAGACUCACCCUCAUCAAACAGCUCGCCAAAAGUGUCAUUGUGGGCUGGGAGCCCCCGGCCGUGCCGCCCGGCUGGGGCACCGUGAGCGGCUACACCGUGCUGGUGGACACGGAGCCUCGCCUGAGCCUCCCACUGGGCGCCAGGACCAAGGCCCUGGUGGAGAAGCUGGACACGGCCGCCUUCACCUACCGCAUCUCCGUGCAGUGCGUCACCAGCCGGGGCGCCUCGGACGCACUGCAGUGCACGCUGCUGGUGGGCAGGGACGUGGUGGUGGCCCCCUCGCACCUCCGGGUGGACAGCAUCACACAGACCUCGGCGCAGCUGUCCUGGCUGCCCACCAACAGCAACUACAGCCAUGCCAUCUUCCUCAACGGGGAGGAGGUGGACGUCGUCAGGGCGGCACGGUACAAGUACCAGUUCCUCAACCUGCGGCCCAAUGCGGCCUACAAGGUCGGGGUGGUGGCGCGGCCGCACCAGAUGCCCUGGCAGCUGCCCCUGGAGCAGAGGGAGAAGAAGGAGGCGUCGGUGGAGUUCUCCACGCUGCCCGCAGGCCCUCCGGCCCCCCCACAAGAUGUCACUGUCCAAGCGGGGGCCACCGCAGCCGUUGUCCAGGUCUCCUGGAAGCCACCUGCGCUGACCCCCACUGGGCUGUCCAACGGAGCAAACGUCACUGGCUACGGCGUGUACGCCAAGGGGCAGCGGGUGGCCGAGGUCAUCUUCCCCAUGGCAGACAGCACCCCUGUGGAGCUCGGGCGGCUUCGAGGCCUGGAGGCGAAGACGGUGACCGUGCGGACCCUGUCUGCCCAGGGCGAGUCCGCAGACUCGGCGCCGGCUGCUGUGCCCCCUGACCUCCUGGUCCCUCCUGCGCCCGUCUCCAGGGCAACACCCCCACCGAAGCCAUUAGCCAGCACCCCUGAUACCAAAGAUGAGCACCUGGGUGUCCACGCCAAGGCGGAGCCCUGGGAGCAGAGCCGGACGCCUGCCCCCACGCAUGGCAACCUGCUGGAGCCGCCCGGCCUGCAGGGCACCGGCCCUGGGCGGAGGUCACCCUCACCUAGCCGCAUCCUCCCGCAGCCGCAGGGAGCUCCUGUGUCCACCUCCGUCGCCAAGGCCAUGGCCCGAGAGGCUGCACAGAGGGUGGCUGAGACCAGCAGGUUAGAGAAAAGGAGCCCCUUCCUGGAGAGGAGCAGCGUGGGGCCCUACGCCAACUCGGACGAGGAGGACGGCUGCGCCUCGCCCGAGCCCAGGCGGCGGGCCCCCUCCGUGGAAGACUUCCUGGAGGGGUCGGAGCUGGGCAGGCAGCCCCACUGUUGCCACGGAGACGAGUACCACACGGAGAGCAGCCGGGGCUCAGACCUGUCGGACAUCCUGGAGGAGGACGAGGAGGAGCUGUGCUCGGAGAUGCCGCUGGAGGACGGUGGCCGGCGGCGGUCCAGCGGCACGUCGCACAGUGCCCUCAAGGAGUGCUAUAAGCCUGGGAGCCUGGAAGGUGCCUUCCUGGAGCAGUCCGAGCGCCCCCAGCCGCCCCGCCGCAGCAAGCGGCUUUUCAGUAUCCCCGAGGUAGCAGAGGAGGACCCCGACCUCUGUGAGCCGCUGCUCUGGCAGGGCCCUGGGACGUCCCGAGCCAGGACCUUGCUGGCCGCACAGCUCGGACCUGCCCCGCCCUGCUGGGGCCCCCCAGCGCCGCCUGGCUCCUGGCUCCCCACCAAGCACAGGGUCCCCUGGGGUCUUGCCCACGCGGAUGACCUCCUCCUGGAGGACAGAGGCGGUCGGCUGGGCCGCUGGGCCACCCGGAGCCCGGACAGUGGCCUGGACUGCGGCAGCGAGGAGGAGGAGCUGCGGAUUAGGGUAGGGCGCACCGAAGCCCAGUGCGGCCCGGGCCCUGGCCUCUGCCCCUGUGGGAGAAGCACACGGCCCCUGCUGGCCCGGCGGCGGACACUGACCCGGCAGAGCAGCAUUGAAGAGGACUUUGGGGAGCAGGUGGACCCCGGAGAUGUCAUCAGCAGCAGUGACAUCCAAGACAGCCCCGAGAGGUCGCCGCCCGGGAAGCAAGGCUGGGACCGGGCCACCAACCACGACGGUUUUCGGGGUGUCUGGCGGAAAGGCGUGGCUGGGCCGGACAGUAGGGUGGCCGUCCAGCACGGGCCACUUCCUCCCCGGGCUGAGGACGGUCCCUGGAUCUUAGGCAACCCGGCAUCGGCAGGACGCGCAGAGAGGGUGGAGCACGGGGGCCGGAGGUUCCCCCACGGUGGUGCGGGUCCCCAGAGGCCGCGGCUGCCCAUCGAUGACUAUACGGGGCGCGACCGCCUCUCCCCGGACUUGUACGAAGAGUCAGAGACCGACCUGGGUGCAGAGGAGCUCCCGGCCCGCAUCUUCGUGGCCCUGUUCGACUACGACCCGCUCACCAUGUCCCCCAACCCUGACGCCGCGGAAGAGGAGCUGCCCUUCAAGGAAGGCCAGAUCAUCAAGGUUUACGGCGACAAGGACGCUGACGGGUUUUACCGCGGGGAGACCUGCGCCCGGCUCGGCCUCAUUCCCUGCAACAUGGUGUCCGAGAUCCAGGCGGACGAUGAGGAGGUGCGGGAGCAGCUCCUGCGCCAGGGCUUCCUGCCCCUGCACACCCCGGUGGAGAAGACAGAGCGGAGCAGGAGGAGCGGCCGGCCACGCCCCGUGUCCACGCGUAGAAUGGUGGCUCUAUACGACUACGACCCGCGGGAGAGCUCACCCAACGUGGACGUGGAGGCCGAGCUGACGUUUUGCACAGGAGAUAUCAUUAGUGUCUUUGGAGACAUUGAUGAAGACGGAUUUUAUUACGGGGAGCUGAACGGGCAGCGAGGCCUGGUGCCUUCCAACUUCCUGGAAGAAGUGCCUGACGACGUGGAGGUCUACCUCUCCGACGCCCCGUCCCUCUGCUCCCAAGACACCGCGCUGCACGCCAAGGCCAAACGGGUUCCUCCUGAGGGUUCAGGGCCAGCAAGGAGAGCUCCAUCCCCCACAGCCCACCUCCACUCGGGGUCACCUACGUCAUCCCUGGGUUCUGGUAGUCCCGGGAGAGGCAGGGAAAUGUCCUCGAAAAAGAAAAAGGGGCUGCUUUCCAAAGGCAAGAACCUGCUGAGGAGGCUGGGCGCGGUGCAGUGAGCGCGCUCCGACGGCGGCCACACUGUGCUCCUCUAACCCGGGCGGGCGCUCGCGCCCCACGCACUUCCCAACCCCUCCUCCUCCCGACACAGUGACGCAGUACACUCGCGCCCACGCCCGCCCGCCUGCGCUAAGCCGCCAGCGGAGAGCCCUGGGCCUCUGCCCCGCCACGCCCCGCCCCACCACAAUGCCUGCCUCCCUCCCUGUGUAGCCCUCACCCCAUUCUUGUCUCCGCUCCUUCCGGUCGCCUCGCUGUUCUGCCUUAGAUGCCGCGAGCUGUCUGUCAAUAAAGCGCAGUGUCUACUCCCGUGUCGUGCGUUCCUGCUCCCAGCCUCCGCGCAGCGCUGUGACCCCGCCAGGCCCUCCGACCAGCCAGGCUGCGCGCGCGGGCAUGUGCACACACACACAUGCAGUCACACACACUCAUAUGCAUGUGCACACACAUGUGCAAUGUGCUCAACACACAUGCAGUCACAAUGCACACACACAUGCGGCCAUACACAAUGCACAUGUGCACACACAUCACACAUGCACACAUGUGCACACACAACACAUGCACAGUCACAUACAUGCACAUAGUCACACACAUGCACAGUCACACGCGCACAUACACACGUCAACACAUGCACAGUCACACAAUGCACAUGCACACACAUGCGGUCACACACAUGCGCAAUGUGCUCAACACACAUGCAGUCACAAUGCACACACACAUGCAGCCAUACACAAUGCACAUGUGCACACACAACACAUGCAGUCACACGCACACAUACACACAUGUCAAUACAUGCACAGUCACAAUGCACAUGCACACACAUGCGGUCACACACAUGUGCAAUGUGCUCAACACACAUGCAGUCACAAUGCACACACACAUGCGGCCGUACACAAUGCACAUGUGCACACACAACACAUGCACAGUCACAUACAUGCACAUAGUCACACACAUGCACAGUCACACAAUGCACAUGCACACACAUGCGGUCACACACAUGUGCAAUGUGCUCAACACACAUGCAGUCACAAUGCACACACACAUGCGGCCGUACACAAUGCACAUGUGCACACACAACACAUGCACAGUCACAUACAUGCACAUAGUCACACACAUGCACAGUCACACAAUGCACAUGCACACACAUGCGGUCACACACAUGUGCAAUGUGCUCAACACACAUGCAGUCACAAUGCACACACACAUGCGGCCGUACACAAUGCACAUGUGCACACACAACACAUGCACAGUCACAUACAUGCACAUAGUCACACACAUGCACAGUCACACAAUGCACAUGCACACACAUGCGGUCACACACAUGUGCAAUGUGCUCAACACACAUGCAGUCACAAUGCACACACACAUGCGGCCGUACACAAUGCACAUGUGCACACACAUCACACAUGCACACAUGUGCACACACAACACAUGCACAGUCACAUACAUGCACAUAGUCACACACAUGCACAGUCACACGCGCACAUACACACGUCAACACAUGCACAGUCACACACAUGCACAGUCACAAUGCACAUGCACACACAUGCGGUCACACACAUGCGCAAUGUGCUCAACACACAUGCAGUCACAAUGCACACACACAUGCAGCCAUACACAAUGCACAUGUGCACACACAACACAUGCAGUCACAUACAUGCACAGUCACACACAUGCAGUCACACGCACACAUACACACAUGUCAAUACAUGCACAGUCACAAUGCACAUGCACACACAUGCGGUCACACACAUGUGCAAUGUGCUCAACACACAUGCAGUCACAAUGCACACACACAUGCGGCCAUACACAAUGCACAUGUGCACACACAACACAUGCAGUCACAUACAUGCACAGUCACACACAUGCAGUCACACGCACACAUACACACAUGUCAACACAUGCACAGUCACACAAUGCACAUGCACACACAUGCGGUCACACACAUGUGCAAUGUGCUCAACACACAUGCAGUCACAAUGCACACACACAUGCAGCCAUACACAAUGCACAUGUGCACACACAACACAUGCAGUCACAUACAUGCACAGUCACACACAUGCACAGUCACACAAUGCACAUGCACACACAUGCGGUCACACACAUGUGCAAUGUGCUCAACACACAUGCAGUCACAAUGCACACACACAUGCGGCCGUACACAAUGCACAUGUGCACACACAACACAUGCAUACUCACAGUUACAUACAUGCACAGUCACACACAUGCAGUCACACAUGCACGUGCACACAUGUGGUUAACACAUGCAGUCACACAAUGCAUAUGCAUACACACGCACACACAUGCAGUUACACGUGCACACACACGUGGCCACACACAUGCAGUCACACACAUGCAGUCACACGUGCACACACACGUGGCCACACACACGCUUAUAGUCGCACAGUCGCAUAUUCACAUGCACAUGCAUGCACACACACCUCACCUAGCCGAUUCCUCACAAGAGCCGAGGGGAGAGCAGGUGCCGCUGGGGAGUGCCAGUGCCCAGCCGGCCGAGCUGCUCCCCAUCUCCGUGUUGCAGUGCGAGGCCCUCGGGCCUCUGCUCUCUUGCUCUGCCUGGCAGGAGCCCCCAGCCCCAGCCCCCAGAACACACAGGGCCACACGGAACACGCCCCCACCCCGCCCCCUACCCCACGGACCACAGAGCUGCUGACGGAUGUAUUUGAUGGCUACUAUUUUGUAAUUCUUGUCCACUUGUAAUUGUUUUUACUCUUUCUAUAUACUUUUCAGACUGCCUUUCUUUGUAAUUUCUGGAGGUUUAUAAAUCGAUGACAAAGCUUUCCCCAUUGUGUCUUCGAGAACUCUCCUGUAAACUGUAAUGUUGUGCUAGGCUGAUUAAAAGGGCCCCCGUGUGGCUCGGUACUGUGUGGGUGUGUGCAUGUGUACAGUCAGUGUAAAGUAUUUUCUAUAAAUAAACUUGUUAUUUUAUAUGA